CAUUGGGAUUGACUUCGGACAGCUCUGGAACUCCGUUUCUCAGUUUCACGAAACUUGAGUUCAUUUCAGCGGAAGACUACAUUUUACGGAUUUAUCCAGCCGCAGAUAACUCCUACAACAUGUCUAAAUCAGUGCUUUGCGCUUUGUUGGUCUUGCUUCUUGAUAUGUCUCUACCGUUGUGUGCGGAAGGCGCCGGGGAAUAUUGUCAUGGCUGGUCGGACUCGUCGAACACCUGGCACCGGGGCUUCCACUGUCCCGAGCAGUACGACGGCGAGGAUGCGCGCUACUGCUGUGGGACAUGUACGCUUCGAUAUUGCUGCACAUCCGUAGAGGCUCGCCUUGAUCAGAGCACCUGUGAUCCAGACGACUUUAUUAAUAACAGCAAUGGCAAAGUCAGGACAAUGACUCCAAAUGUACCCACAUAUUUGCCAUUUGUGAUUGUGGUGAGCGCAUUCCUGUCUUUCGUGCUGGUUGGGACUGUGGUGUCUGUGUGCUGUUGCCACUGUCUAAAGCCUAAAAGUGCAGAGCAGCACAGGGGCCUGAUGCCCACUCAGACCAGUCUCCUGGAACCAGGAGGGGCACCCCCAGAUUCCCUGACCCCAUCCAGAGACUCCAACUCCAGUGCCAGCUCUGCGGGCAGGUCCACUGGUACAACCAGGCCAUCAGGGUCAGACGUCACCAUGAACAUGUACGGUCCCAUGGGGAAUAUGUACCCUACACUGGGUCUGCAUCAGCCACAGCACUUUGCCUCUCCGUCCCACUUGCCUGGACCGUUCUACCAGCCAUACCUGAACUACAGUGUGCCUCCAGAACACACCAUGAUCUCCGCUUCAGCCUUCCUAGAAAAUCACUCUGCAUACAGGCACCCACACGGACAGCCGUUUCCUCAGGCCCCCAUGCACACAGAGAUCCUCUGCCCUGGGCUUACCAUCUGAGAGCUAUCCAGAACACUA